UCUACAUUUUCUCCUACAGUAAAAGAUGGCACCAGUCUCUGCAACUCCAUAUCUCUCCACACUCUACACAAGAGUCCGUCUCGCAACUCGCGAUGAUGUUCCUCACGUCCACAAACUUAUCUAUAAAAUGGCAGAUUAUUACGAGCUUGCGAAUACUUUCGAAGCCACCGAAGCUUCCCUCGCCACUCAUCUCUUCAAAUCUCCUCCUUUUGAAUCAUUCACCACCUUUCUCGCCGAAGUUUCCACUGAACCUUUGCCCAAAAUAGACUGCUCUUACUUUACACCCAUCGAUCGCGUCAUCCACGUAGAUCAUCAAGUAGUCGACCCAGAACCUGAAGAACUCUUCAAAAGUUCAACUGGCAAUGACGUUAGUGUUGUUGGGUUUACGCUGAUUUUCCCUAAUUUCUCAACUUUUUUGGGAAAACCAGGGUUUCAUUUGGAGGAUUUAUUCAUCAGGGAAGGGUUUAGAGGAUUUGGGAUAGGAAAGAUGCUGUUGUCGUCUGUGGCACAUCAGACGGCAAAGAUAGGAUAUGGGAGGGUUGAAUGGACGGUUAUUGAUUGGAAUGUGAGAUCUCAUAAAUUUUAUGAGCGGUUGGGUGCUAAGGUUUUGCCUGACUGGAGGAUUUGCAGGUUGUCUGAUGAAAAUCUUGAAGCUUAUCGUGAUCUAAACUCCGUUUAGAGUUCUUUAAAAUUUUCAUUUUCUGUUUCAUGAAGGUAAUGAGUGAACAAUAAUAGUAACUGUGUGAUGAAAAUGAGAAACAUUGUAGUAUUGUACUACUACUUUUAUUUGUCCCUUUUAAAUAAAUAUUCAAAGUUUUCAUUA